AGUCUCUUAGUGAGUUUACAGCUUUAAUGGUUUAACCGUCCAGUUCAUUUCAUGUGACCGAGUCACGGCUGGAUGGGCAAGGCUUCCUGUAAAGCCCAAUUAUUCUGAAUCAUUUCACUAAAGGGGCCUGAUCUGACGUGUGCACCAAGGGCAAAUACGGCAACAUGAGACCAUAUAAAUGCCAUCUUGCUACAUUAAGUACCCAUCCCCUUGCCUCAUAUCAGACCAAUUCAAGCUCUUAGAUGCACUAACCACCCAUCUUACACCCCUCCCACGCCCCCUUUUUCUCCCCACCCUACUUUGUGCUUUCCAAAUAAAUACAAACUUCCGUGCAAAUACGAACUUCUCCAUUGUCUUCAUCUAUUUUUCUCUCUCACACAGAUUGGAAGGUAUUCAGCAUUUUAUUUGAUUCGGGAACGGCAAUUCUUCCGCAUGGAAUAACGAGGGAAUACUGGAGGCCAAUGGAGAGCCUGUAAAAAGGAGUAUCUGGUAUUUGUUAAUUGAGCAACAAAUCUAGAAAUUGAUCUGACAUGGAGCUGACUGCGUUCAGCUAUGUCUCGAUGUUGAUCUACUUCUUCACCUUCUUGCUUGGACUUCCCGGCAACCUCCUCGUUCUUUUCGUGUACAUCCGUAAGGCUCGAAAACACGGCGCCACUCCCAAUGUGGUCUACGCUCUUAACCUGUGUGUGGCAAACCUCGCUCUAGUGUUGUGGAUGCCAGUCAAAGUGGCCGAGACGGUGCUCCAGGGUUGGGCGCUUCCAGCUGCCAUUUGUCCCAUUUACAGCUUCUUUCUGUUCUCCUCGGUCUACGGUAGCAGUCUGAUCCUCACAGCAGUCGUCGUGGGCCGUUACCUGAGUAUCGCAUACCCCAUAACUUACAAGCUCUACCGCCGGGCCCAUACUUCUAGCUUAGUGAGCGCCAUUUUGUGGGCUUUAGUGCUCUUGCACUUGGGUUUUGCUUAUCUUGCCGAAGGAGGGGGACAUUUUGUGUCUUUAUCUGAGCAUAAUGUCUCUGCAUGCUAUGAAAACUUCACCCAGGAGCAGUUGGAUGUGCUAGUGCCUUUGCGCCUAGAGAUGGCACUGCUACUCUUCCUGGUGCCACUUGUUUUGUCAGCUUUCUGCACGCUGCGCUGCCUUGUGCUUGUCAGACACUCUUCUUUGCCCUCUGGUGGGAAAAGAAGGGUAUUAGCCAUUGCACUCUCCACAUUAGUUGUAUUUGUGGUCUGUUAUGGACCCUACAAUGUUUCCCACGUGGUAGGCUUUGUCUUGUACACUAAUGUGAAGUGGAGAAGUGAAGCCAUGCUGUCCAGCUCCUGCAAUGUCUUUCUAGAGCCCGUGGUUAUGUUGAUGCUUUCGCCGUGGACGCCGAGGGAUUUGGUUGACAGGCUGUGCCGUAAGAGAAGAGACGCAUCAUGCAAGUUGUGGCAUCAGCAUCACUGCAGUAUGGCUUCCAGGAACCCUCAAACAACAACUACACAGGCAAUGUCAAUAAUAAGCCAUGGAGAAUCUAAAGAUGACAGAGCAAGAGCAAACAAAGCAGACCCGUCCAUAAAAGUGACCUGA